CGUCACGCCAGAAAUCCAAUUGCGACGGACGCGUCCAUCAACCCAAAAGUACACAACAAAAGCAUUCGGCCGUGUUGCCAAUCAAGUUCCCGCCGGAUUGCGGUAUUCAAGCAUCCUACGUCGCGCAAAACACGCGUCCGCCACGACAAACCCCAAAAUGUCCGACUCGGAGCUGUCUGAAGCAUCGGCCACGCCCGUCCCGCCAGACCGCGAACUUGAAAAGAGUCUACGACGCGAAGUGGUGAAAGCGCAGAAAGAAGGCGUCGAGUUCUCCUACAAUUACAUCCGUGCCGCGUCGGAGAAGAGUCUAGGGUUGACGAGCGGCUUUUACAAGAAUCAUCCCGAAUGGAAACAGCGGAGUAAACAAGUCGUAGAUAGCCAGCUGGAGGCCGACGAAGAAGAAGAAGAAGAUGGGGAUGCGCAGAGUCCGCCAUCACCCCAACUGGCCAGACCAAAGGCGACGGCCAAGAAAGAGAAAGAACCAGCAGCGCGAUCGAAAAAGCGCGCCCCCGUGCAGAAAGAGCCGGCUCCAAGGAAGAGACAGAAGAAAACGAGCGAAAAGGACGACGAUGUUUCCGAAGACCUGUCUUCCCCUUUGAGCGAACCAGAUUUGGAACCGGAGACAGCUACGAAGGAUUUAAAGAAGCAGCAGCGAAAAGUUGCCGAUAAACCACAUGCACCCGCAAAGACCCAGCGCCCGUCCUCGUCGUCAACCAAAAAGGCAGCGGCGAAAAAGUCAAAAUCCGACUCCGACGAAGAAAGCAAAGAAGCAUCAUCCAGCGACGAUGAUGCAACUCCCGCGACUGGCGCAUCAGCCACGAAUGAUAAAGAUGAUGGUGAUGAUGCUGGCUCAGAAAGUGAGCUGUCAGUCCUAUUGGACGAAGAACCGCAGCCGAAGAAAAAGAAAGGCAAACAAAAGGAAUCGAGACCACAGACCCAAGGUAAAUCUAGAAAAACGGCCGGCAACAAGACAGACACAGACGCGGACCCUGACCAAGCCGAGAUCAAACGUCUUCAAGGUUGGCUGCUCAAAUGCGGGAUCCGCAAACUGUGGGGCAAAGAGCUCAAGCCGUACGAGACGCCCAAGGCCAAGAUUAAGCACCUCAAAGAAAUGCUGGCCGAUGUUGGCAUGACGGGCCGUUAUUCCAUUGAAAAGGCCAACCAGAUCAGAGAGGCCCGAGAGCUUGCGGCUGACAUCGAAGCCGUGCAAGAAGGCGCUGAGCGGUGGGGAGCCGAGGAGGGCGAUGAAAAGCAGGACGGCGGUCGACCGGGUGCGCGGCGGCUUGUUAGAGGCGCUAAGAAUUAUGAUUUUCUUAGUAGCGAUGGCGAGGAGACUGAUUGAGUGCUGACUGGGAGGGAAGGAAUUUGACGGGUGUGGCUAGACAAAGCUCUGGCCGUGGUAUGUCCGUCUUUAAUGAUCAUAAUUGAUUUCGGUCGUAUCCUGAUGGGAGUAAAUUCGGUACAUGAUUGAUAUUCGUGGUCGUCGCUCGAGACAAUUUGGUAUGUGAACCGACACAUCAGGUCUCAUUGCCGGGGCGCGAUGCCUUUUGUAUUCACCGCAUCAUUGAAACAGAUUGCCUUAGCCACUGCCCGGAGUUGAGCUCAGCAGGACCACUGCUUUUCAUUCCAUGAUGUAUCAUCUAUCUGAUCAUCUUGAUCGGACUCGAGCCACCACUGCCAUUGGCACUCAUCCUCUGAGCCACGAGACUGAAGACCGCAACGGAUGAAAUGAACAAGACGAGGUUGUAGAACUAGAAAUGUCGUGACCAUCAGCGAUCAGUAUCAACAAGGGGGAGGACAA